GGGCGCCUGCGGGGGGCCCGGAAGCCGGGGACGAGCGAGAAAACAAACUUGGAGAGAGGAGUGACCUGGGGGCUGGGGGCGGAGUCGCGCGCGGAGGAGGAGGGAGCGAGCGGCCGCCGGAGCGCGGCUGGCCCAGGAAGCGGAGAGCGCCGCCCACCCAUCCGGGGCGAGAGCGGCACUGCGGGCGCAGGCAGGCCGGGCCGGGGGCUGCCGGGCCCUCGCCCCCCACCGUGACCCCGCGGCCCCCAGCCCAGGCCCAAGAUGAUGAAGAGGCAGCUGCAUCGCAUGCGGCAGCUGGCCCAGACGGGCAGCUUGGGACGCACCCCAGAGACGGCCGAGUUCCUGGGGGAGGGCCUGCAGCAGGUAGAGCAGAGGUUGGAGCCAGCCAAACGGGCAGCCCACAAUGUCCACAAACGGCUGCAGGCCUGUCUGCAAGGCCAGAGCGGGGCGGAUAUGGACAAGCGGGUGAAGAAGCUCCCCCUCAUGGCCCUGUCCACCACAAUGGCCGAGAGCUUCAAGGAGCUGGACCCCGAUUCCAGCAUGGGGAAGGCCUUAGAGAUGAGCUGUGCCAUCCAGAACCAGCUGGCUCGAAUUCUGGCUGAAUUUGAGAUGACCCUGGAGAGGGAUGUCCUGCAGCCCCUCAGCAGGCUGAGUGAGGAGGAGCUCCCAGUCAUCCUCAAGCACAAGAAAAGCCUACAGAAGCUGGUGUCUGACUGGAACACCUUAAAGAGCAGGCUCACUCAGGCAGCUAAGAACUCAGGCAGCGGUCAGGGCCUGGGUGGUGGCCCCAGCAGUUACAGCCACACGGCCACCGCCACCAAGGUGGAGACGCUGAAGGAGGAGGAGGAGGAGCUGAAGAGGAAGGUGGAGCAGUGCAAGGACGAGUACUUGGCCGACCUAUACCACUUCGCCACCAAGGAGGACACAUACGCCAACUACUUCAUCCACCUCAUGGAGAUUCAAGCUGAUUACCAUCGCAAGUCUCUGAGCUCACUGGACGCGGCCCUGGCUGAGCUGAGGGAGAACCACAGCCAAGCAGAACCCUCCCCCUCGAUGACGGCUGCCCCCUUCUUCAGGGUGUAUGGGGUGUCGCUGGGAACCCAUCUGCAAGAGCUGGGCCGGGACAUCGCCCUGCCCAUCGAGGCCUGCGUCAUGAUGCUGCUCUCUGAGGGCAUGAAGGAAGAGGGGCUCUUCCGUCUGGCCGCCGGGGCCUCGGUGCUGAAGCGCCUCAAGCAGACCAUGGCCUCGGACCCGCGCGGCCUGCAGGAGUUCUGCUCCGACCCCCACGCCGUGGCAGGUGCCCUCAAGUCCUAUCUGCGGGAGCUGCCAGAGCCCCUGAUGACCUUUGACCUCUAUGACGAUUGGAUGAGGGCAGCCAGUCUGAAGGAGCCAGGAGCCCGGCUCGAGGCCCUCCAGGAAGCCUGCAGCCGCCUGCCCCAAAAUAACCUCAACAACCUCAGGUACCUGAUGAAGUUCCUGGCACGGCUGGCCGAGGAGCAGGAGGUGAAUAAGAUGACGCCCAGCAACAUUGCCAUCGUCCUGGGUCCCAACCUGCUCUGGCCUCCCGAGAAAGAAGGGGACCAGGCCCAGCUCGAUGCGGCCUCCGUGUCCUCCAUCCAGGUGGUGGGCGUGGUCGAGGCUCUGAUACAGAACGCGGACACCCUCUUCCCUGGAGACGUCAACUUCAAUGUGUCAGGCCUGUUCUCGGCCCCUGGCCCCCAGGACAAGGUCAGCAGCAGGCCAGCCUCUGAGGGGCUUCAAACGAUAGCUGUGCCCUCACCAGCCCCUGCCCCGGCCUCACCAGCUGCCAAGGAAAGGACAGAGUCUGAGGUGCCCCCCAGACCAGCCUCUCCCAAGGUCAGCAGGAGCCCCUCGGAGACAGCCACUCCAGUGGAGGACAUGGCUCGGAAAACGAAGCGUCCAGCGCCAGCCCGGCCCACCAUGCCGCCCCCCCAGGUCUCCAGCACGCGCUCCUCCCCUCCAGCCCCAGCCCUGCCCCCUGGCUCUGGCAGCCCUGUGACCCCCCAGGCUCUGCCCCGCCGUCUGGUAGGCAGCAGCCUCCGGGCCCCCACGGUGCCACCCCCGUUGCCCCCCAACCCCCCUCAGCCCGCCCGACGCCAGAGCUGGCGUUCCCCAGCCUCCCCGGGACCGGCCUCCCCCAGCGCUGUCUCUCUGAACGCUCCUGUGCAGGUGGACCUGGGCGGGGCCACAGAGGAGGGCGGGGCCCCUGAGGUUGUGGGCGGGGCCUCCACUCCCCCGGCCAUCCCCCCUCAACCCCGGCCCCGGAGCCUCGCCUCCGAGACCGACUGAGCUGGGCGGCUCCUCCCUCCCACCUGUCCGCCCAGGACGCAGCCCUCGCCCUUGCCCUUCCCGGGAGGGGGGAGGGGACCUCCAGCCUCUGCCUACAAGUGCCUCGGUGCCCGCUGGGUCGGCCCCCAUGGCAAGGAGGAUUCCGGAUAGUCCUCCACGUCCAGACCUUUUCCUCCCGAAUCCACACUGGGCUUGGGGGCCCCUCACCCGACUCCCAGCCCUCUGGCAGGGUCCCAGGGGAGCCGCCGGGAGGAAGGAGGGGUCUGCCUGCUCCGACAGAACUUUUAUUUUUCUCUUGCCAACAUAUAUUUUGUAAGGCUGGUAAAUAAAUUAUUUUGGACAAAACUGGAGCAGCUGCCCAAACGAUAGUUGGGUUUUUUAGUUUUGUUUUGUUUUCCUGCCCUCUAAAUAAAGAAGCCACUUUCAUAAAGGGGAAGAUA